AUGGCUCCGACGCGCGCACCCGAGAAAUCCACUUUCAUGACCGCCUCCAUGGCCACCAUUCGCCGGAGCGCACAGCAGUCUCGAAGACAGAUUACCGAUGAAACAGAGGAGCUCGAAAACUCUGCAGAAGCCAAUGGUGUGGGUCGCGAUAUGAAUGCAACACACGAAAAAACGGAAGCAUCGCAGAACACCUCCGAUGGCCCGCUGGACCACCUGAUGGCGAAAAUGGUAGACGACCAACGCAAGCGGUACGACGCGUCAAAGAACAACGUAGGUAGAGCUUACAACAACCAUUACCAAAGCGUCGAAGAUUCCAUAAACACCGUCUUUGACACACAUGUAACAGAGAUUACAACAGCCCACCAAGCGCAGCUCAAACGCCUCCAAGAACUCUUGGACCAAAAGGCUGCCAUUGAAACCGCUAUGAGGAAGCAGUUGGCAAGCUUGCAAAAGAUCUACGAUGCGCACUCUCGUGAUCUGGAGGCGGUGAUUGAUCGCCGACUGAGAGAAAUGAAGUGA